AUGCCAAAAGACAUCCCAUGUUGCAUGUGCUUCAAAAGGUGUAAACCAAAUUUUAGAAGGCAUAUCCCACCUGGCGUGGCCUUUAAAAGAUAUGUGGAGCGAUGUGUUUGCAGGGACGUGAGUAGCAAUGCCAUGAUAUGCGGGGCAUGUACGGCACGAGUGUAUAGGAGUCUUCCAAUAUUUCACCAGACACCUGUAAAUACUAAUGAUGACGAGUACAUUUCUCAGCCACCAAAGAAAAAGACACUGUCGAGUCCUAAAACUAUUAAUUUGAACCUUCCCGCAAUAUCAAAAUCUCAUAAAUCAUGUAUUGUAUGUCAUAAAGAUGCAAACCAAAGAAACCAUUUAACCAACAUCCCACAACAAGGAACUACUCAGGCCUUCAUAGUAUGUGGUAUAUUCAUACACCCCCAUAGUAGAUGUUGUGAGAGCCAUAUUGAGAACAAUUAUCUGAAUGAAAAUACGUUGGCAUUACUUGGAACCAAGAAAUCAAAUGGCUGGUUUUCAAGAAGUGAUAUUACAGGUCUUCUCUCCGGAGUUCGAAGGAUGCUGUCUACACAUUCUGGACAUUUGAAUUUCGAUGUGCCAAUAUUUUUAACCAAUGAAGAUUAUGUAACAUUGACAGGAUUUACCAAACAGCACUUUGACGAAAUUGUCACUCAUUUGAAAUCACUUAAUAAUUCAGCAGUUAGGUCAAUCCGGACAUGUCUUGCUGUGUUUCUCUUCAAAUUACGUAGUGGAUUGUCCAACAAGUUAAUUGGUGUGUUAUUUCAUUUAACAUAUUCACAAAUCCAGCGUAUAGUGAACAGCACAAGGAAUGCCUUAGUGGAAGAUUUUGUACCAGAUAACCUUGGAUUUCAACACAUAUCUCAUGGAGACUUUGUUCAAAACCACACUACAAAUAUAGCAAAAUCAUUGUUCCAACCAGGCGAAAACGAGGCUAUUGUUGUUGCUGAUGGCACCUAUGUUUACAUCCAGAAGAGUGCAGACUACAAAUUCCAAAGGAGGUCCUAUUCUAUGCACAAGAACAGACCACUCGUUAAACCAAUGAUGCUUGUAGGAACGGAUGGCUACAUUCUGGAUGUGCUCGGACCUUACCUGGCUGAUGGCUCAAACAACGAUGCCUCCAUUACAAAACACAUGCUUAGGGCAAAUGAGGAAGCUAGCAAGUGGUUCAAACCCGGCGGCGUAUUCAUUGUAGACAGGGGGUUUAGGGACGCUGUGAGGUUUCUAGAAGACCGAGGUUUCGAUGUGAAAAUGCCCUUCUAUCUUCAGAAAAGCUGCAAGCAGCACAGCACCGAAGAGGCGAACCUUUCUGGUUUAGUCACAAAAGUAAGAUGGGUGGUAGAAAGCGUGAAUGGCAGGAUACAACAAUGGAAACUGUUUGACAAAGUUGUUCCAAAUACCCUGAUCCCUCCUAUUGGUGACUUUGUGAGAAUCAUCUGUCCUCUUAUCAACAGGUUUAAAGAACCACUUGUGAAAACUGACGCAACAUCAGAAGCACAUUGCAGGGCAAUGCUUGCAAAGUCCAAGGAACCAAACACAGUGAAGGCAUUUUUGGAAAGCAACAACUUACUAAAUAAGAGAACUGUUUAUCAAAAGCUGGAAGCAGAAGACUUGAUGGACUUCCCUAAACUUUCCAUGGAUGACGUACGAAACAUCACCAUGGGAGUUUAUCAACUUAAACAGGCUCCAAGUUAUACAAAGGAGCACUGUGUUGAAGAUGGACUGUAUGAGUUGCUGGUCUUCUCAGAAAACCCUAAUCUGAUCAAGUUAAAAAUACAGUCUCGACACUGUAACAGCAGAGCACAUUCUUUGUGGAUUGAGUAUGACUCACUUUCUGAUGAUCCCAUCAAAGGUUGGUACUGCACUUGUAAAGUAGGCUCAAGAGUGGUCGGUUGCUGUGCCCACAUUGCAAGUGCAUUGUGGUUUCUAGGAUAUGAACGCUUCCAAGGCGAAUCAUCUGGCGCAGUGACUAUUUCGACAAAGUCUUUGGCUGAUGCAGCUGACAUUCCAACAACAGAUUCCGACACGGAUGAGGAGUAUCCAGAGGAAUAA